AUGGACCCUCCCUCCACCCUUCUCCCAACAUGUGUCUCGUGGCAGGGGCUCCUACUGACAGCCUCACUUUUAACCGUGUGCAAUGUGCCCACCGCUGCUGAACCCGCCAUUGAGUCGCUGCCACCUGCUGUCCUUGAAGGGGACGGUGUCCUUCUACCUGCUUACGGUUUGCCAGGCAACCUUUCAGCCUUUCACUGGUUCAAAGGGAAGGAGCCACUGGACAAAAAUCUAAUUAUAAAGUAUGAAGUAAAAUCUCAAAAAACGAAACAAGGAAUCCUACACAGUGGUAGAGAGACUCUAUACCCUAAUGGGUCCUUGAUGUUACAGAAUGUCACCUUGAAGCAAUCUGGAAUCUACAACCUAAAUGUCCAUUCUGCAGAGUCUGACCAAAAAUCCGUGCUUGUGGAGGUCUUCGUAUACCCUCAGUUAUCCAAACCCUCCAUAAGAAGCAACAGCAGCACAGCUGUGGAGGGACAAGACACUGUUGAAUUAACAUGUGGCCCUCCCUUCCUGAAGACAAGCUAUGUGUGGUGGCUAAACGGUAAGGAACUUCCGGGGGAUGACAACGUCAGCCUGUCCCAGAGGAACACAAGUCUCACUCUACUCAAGGUCUCCAGGCAUCUCAAAGGAGACUAUGAGUGUGAAGUCCGGAACCCGCUGAGUGCCUUUCAGAGUAACCCAUUCACUCUGGAUGUUUUCUAUGGUCCAGAUACGCCCAAAAUAUUUCCCCCACACAAAUACUUCGAAGAAGGGCGAAGCCUGUGGCUAUCCUGCCAGGCAACCUCUAACCCUAAAGCACAGUAUUCCUGGGAUAUCAAUGGAGAGCCCUGGGAAUCUAACCAAGAGGUCUUCAUCCACACCAUCAGCAUAAGUAAUAGUGGACUGUAUACCUGCCUCGUCAAUAACCCAAAAACUGGCCAGGACAAUUUCAAAGUUAAAGAAGUUAUAGUAGUUGAGAAAUUGCUGAGGCCCCAUAUCCAAAUCAAAAAUAAAACUGUCCUAGAACACCAUUUUGUGGACCUGAUCUGCGAAUCAAAGAAUCCUGGCAUUUCCAUAUGGUGGACGUUCAAUAACGAGAGGCUGAAGGCCACAGACAGGAUGAAGUUCUCCUUGAACAACAGAAGGCUCACCAUAGGUCCCAUCACAAAGCAUGACGCUGGCUCAUACCAAUGUGAGGUUUCCAACCCCUUCAUCUCCAGGUUGAGCGACCCAGUCAGCCUGGCUGUACUCUACGAACCACCAGAAAGGAAAGUCCCGGUAUCAGCCCCCACUGUUGCUGCCUUGGCUGUUGAAAUUCUGGCUGGGCUGGCUAUACUAGGAGGCCUGUCGUACUUCCUAUUUUUCAAGAAACUUGACAGUGGGAAAAUCAGGCAUCACAAGAAAAAACACAAGAAGAGGCGGAAGGAACGGAAGGGAGAAACGGAGCAGCAGGAGACCGGAAGGGUCAGACAAGGAAUCUAG